ACCGUCAUUUUCCUACUCGCCCUCUGACAUCAGCCGCCUUCUUCUCUACAGCUACAGUUUCUCUUCACUCAAACUGAUCCCUGGCGAUGAAAAAUGAGCCUGUCCCCCACCCGUCCCGCUGCCUUUCGCCUCACGCCCCCAGAGAAGAGUUUCUUCGUGAGGCAGCCGGUGAAGGUUUUUUUCCAAGUCACAUGAUCCAGGAUGCAGGGGAAGAAUCCUUCUUGGAACAGAGAUGGGCCCAGAACCGAAUCAGAUGAGAAGAGAUAAGGUGUGAUGUGGGGAAGCCUAUAUAAGAAUGGACCCAGGGCUGCAGCGAGCACUCAACCCACUGGCCCCGUCUCAAGACACAGCCAUGCAUGUGCCCGCAGGCUCCGUCACCAGCCACUGGGGAACCACGGGCCGCGGGUACUUCUGCUUCACCACGGCCUCGCUGGCGCUGUGUCUCGUCUUUGCUGUGGCGACCAUUAUGGUGCUGGUAGUUCAGAAGACGGACUCCAUUCCCAACCCGCCAGGCCAAUUCCCCCUUAAAGGAGGGAAUUGCUCAGAGGACAUCUCAUGUAUCCUGAAAAGAGCUCCAUUCAAGAAAUCAUGGGCCUACCUCCAAGUGUCAAAGCAUAUAAACAAAACUAAGUUGUCUUGGAACAAAGAUGGCAUCAUCCAUGGAGUCAGAUAUCAGGAUGAGAACCUGGUGAUCCAGUUCCCAGGUUGGUACUUCAUCAUCUGCCAACUGCAGUUUCUUGUGAAAUGCCCAGAGCAUUCUGUCGACCUGAAGCUGGAGCUCCUCAUCAACAAAGACGUUAAAAAGCAGACCCUGGUGACAGUGUGUGAGUCUGGAGCACAAGCCAAAAACAUAUACCAGAACCUCUCCCAGUUCUUGUUGGAACACCUCCAGGUCAACACCACCAUAUCAGUGAAGGUGGAUAAAUUCCAGUAUGUGGAUACAAACACCUUUCCCCUUGAGAAUGUGUUGUCCAUCUUCUUAUAUAGUAGUUCAGACUGAACCACCCCUCCUGGCCUUUGGGAAGAAAGCAACUCCCUACCACAUAGCACUUAUCCUUCCAGACACUUGGGGAAAAAAAAGAAAACUUUAGGCUAAGACUGAAAAACACAAAGGGAAUUAAAUAGUACUCUUCCAUCCCCUGGGAAGAUCCAACUCAGGGUUAAAAAGAGACUUCUGAGUGAAGUAUCUUCCAGAUAGAAGAUGGGGACUCAAUGUGGCCUGGCGGACAGAGCCACACACGGGAACCAGAAGGGAUGGAUUUAGGCCCAGCCCAAUCACUAACUCACUGUGUGACCUGGAACUAGUCCUCUCCCUUCCCUGGAACUUGGAUUUCAUGUCAGAAAAGCCAAGCCUCUCUCAUCACAUACCUGAGAACUAAGGUUCCAGGCGCUGUUCCCGAAGCCCCCAGCCAGAGGAAAGGCCCCCACAUUGGCAUAAAACUGAUGGUACUUACUGGCUGCCGUGUCACCUCAGCAGAGUCAGGAUUUGGGGACGAGGUUCAGGGCACCUUGCUUGGCAAAUGGAGUGAACAGUAGGAUCUAAAGUGUGCAAAACUGACCAUCCUGAAUCUAAUACCUUGUGGGUAUUUGGAAAACCACCCGGCCAGGCUUGACUCUGCCAGAACUGAGACUGACAAUAAGGCAACAGACAGCUUUUGUUUCCCGUCAGGAAAGUGCCGCGAGUUCGGCAAGCACUCAGCGCGCAGCCGUCAAGGUGAUCAGCCGUUUGGUAAGAGCGGCUGCUGUCUCCCACAUGAACUCUUUCCCCACUUCAAACAGCUCACAGGAAACCAUUCUGUGGAGGGUUUUUAAGGCCUCACUGUGUUGUUGACAGACGAUGAUGACUCUGAAAAUGGUGAGGACUUCUGACGAAUGGCCGCCUCCUCUCCUGAUCUGGACGGUCAGGACAUUUCAACCUACGUUUACAUUUGUCUGUCUGCGAGGGAGCACCUUGUUUGUUUGAGAGAAGGACCACUGACUUGAAAUAUACCCUCAUGAAGUUAUGCCUCAGGGGGAAAAGGAAUGCCUUAACUGCUAUGUAAAGGAAGGGAGUAAAAUUUGCAUUUUUCUCAAUUAGGAGGAAAGAAGAGAAAGGAGUAGGAACUCGGGAAAGUUUGUCAGAGAAGGGCUAGAAAUGAUUUAAAAGAAGGGAAAUAAAAGAACAGCAGAGAGGGAUUUUGGAGAAUAAAAAUGGCUAAGGGAAA